AUAUAUUUGUUUCAUUGAAUUCUAAAUAGCUGGUAUGAGUCAUCAAAUUCAAAAUCAAAAGAUGGGAAAAAGAGAGGAGGAAGGAGAGCAAACCGUUGAUUCAGCUAUGUCUGUCUCGCCGGAGGACCUUUUUCUCGAUGAUUAUCGUGAAGUUCGUUUUGACGAGGAAGGGAGACAACUUGGACCAUCAAGAUAUUAUUCGGAACAAUUCUGGCAUAGUGUGACUGCAGAAUUGAACCAACGAGUUGGGGCUGUUGGGCUUAAUCAUCUCCAAAUGCAGCAGUAUAUCAAGCUUACUUCUGAUGCUGGAAGUGGUACAUCGAGUAGCUCUGAACGUAGUGGAUCCGGAUAUCAGUCGGAUAUGUCGGAUCCUAAUGUGAAAUUGACAGAAAUCUUGGGUCACUUAUACGAUCUUGUUAGGUGGACUCUCUCUCUUGGUGACGGGUGCGGUCCAGGCCCGUAUUUAACAGUGUGAUGGCGAAUAUGCAACAUGUAUUGUAUAGACCAUAUGUUUAAGUGUGAGCCCUUCAUUUUGUUCAUAAAAUGUAACACGACUUUGUUUGAUAGCUUGUUGAUUUUAUGUCCUUGAAUUGCAUUAUGUUACAUUGAUUUAAUUUUUAAGGCUUAUU